UUUCGUUAUUGGCACUGUGACUAAAUUAAGCAUAAAUAUUUUGAGUACAUACUUUUUAACAAUUUAGCUUUUAAACAUAAACCUUAUAGUUGUAUGAUCACCUGGCUGGUUUUAACUCAGGCAUACAUUUUUCCCCUUUUCCGGUCAACGUCUUUGGUUACCAUGUCAGCCAGAAAGUCUAUUAGUCUCCAUGGUGACAGAAAACGUCAACAGCUACGGUUCGAAUUCGUGUUAGCAUGCUAACUAUAGUACUUUUUACUUCGCAACGCUAGAUUUAUGUUUAUCGAUAGGUUAUAAUCACUGGUAGUUAGAUACACAGGCGUAUUGUUUGUAGCAGCUGCAGUUUCGAGCCAAUUUCUUCUUUUAUUUAUUGUUAUGGAAUGUCUCGGAGGAUCAUCUGGACAAGACUUACAGGCUCUGUCUGCGCUGCUGUCUUCUCAGCUGGAGGAAGAGGAGGAUGAAGACUGUAAUCAGAAUGCAACAGGCUGUGCACAGCUUGGUCCAGGACAUAUUGGACCCCCACCCAAAAAAGAUAAAGAAGUGUCUAGUGCCUACAUAAAAACAACCAGUAAAGAUAUCUGGAGUGAGGAGGAGGUGGUUGAAGGCUCCCAGUAUGAUGAUCUGGCUGACCCGCGACCACAACCUGAGUAUGAAAUUAUCUUGAAGCAAAAUGUGGGAACACAGGAUUUGUUCCUGGGCUUAAGCCGGAAGGAUCCAUCUUCAAUGUGCUGUGAAGCCAUGCUGGUGAAAAUAAAACUACCCGGCACAAAGGCAACAGAUGUUUUCUUGGAUACAAAAGAGAAGUUCCUGGAUCUGCGGACACCAAAGUAUAAACUGGGCCUCCAUCUACCCCAUCCCAUCCAGAGUCAAGAAGGCAAGGCUCAGUUCUUUAGCGACAGGCAGGAACUAGAGGUGACGCUACUGAUGAAGAGACCCAUGGACUUUAUCAACAUGCAGUAAAAGGAGGAUAAAAUAAGUCAUUUCAUCUUUUAAAAAAGCAAACAUAUUGGUGGGAAAAUAAGAUGCCUGUUUAGUGUCUGAAAACAAUGAUGAAAGUAAUUCCAAUGCGUUUCUGUAAAUUUUAAUUAAACCCAGGCUUUUUGUUCAUAUGCAAUCUUUGACUUCAUGAGGAAAACUUCUAAUAAAUGUUUUAUGUGCUUCAAUACUUUAAAACUUGUUUUGACAACCUUUCUAAAAUGCUAUGUUUUUUAUUUUGGUGACCUACAUUUGGACAUUUUUCUCAUAAUUUAAAAGGAUGCACUGCUAUAGUACUGGUCAAUUUGCCCAAAAUGUGUUAAAAACCUUUUGUUAUAAACUCACAGAAUUGUAUUCCCAUCAAAGCAUCUUUUGUAUUUCAGAUGCAACUGUAGAAAUGGUACAAAACAUAAAAAAGUAAGACCACUUUUUAAUUUGUUAUCGAUUUGUUAGAUUAUACUGAUUUAUUCUUUUGGGCAAAGUGUCCAUUUUAUAGUUGAAUGAUUAAGAAGCCGGAUCUGAUUGGCUUGAAUUUAUUGGCUUGGAAGAUCAACUUUCAAGUCUUGCCAUAGUUUCUCAAUGCAUAUAGAUCUGGACUUUGGGCCAUUUUAACACAUAAAUAUGCUUUGAUCUAAACCAUUUCAUUGUAGCUCUUGCUGUAUAUUUCGGUUUAUUCUGCUGGAACGUGAACUUCCUCCCCAGUCUCAACUCUUUUGCAGCCUCUAACCUUUUUUCAGGACUGCCCAGUAUUUAGCUUCAUCCAUUUUUCCAUUAACUCUGACCAGCUUCCCUGUCAGUGCUGAACAAAACAAUCCCCACAGCAUUUUGCUGCCACACCUGUUUUACCGUGGGAUGUUGUCUUCAGGUUGAUAUGCAGUGUUAGUCUUCCUCUAAAAUAGCGCUUUGAAUGUAGGUCAAAAGGUUCAACUUUAUGUUCACCUUAUUGCAAUUUAAAUCUUUUCCACCUUACAACAAAAACUUUUCAUUGCAUAAAUUAUAAUAUUUCUGGUGUAAAAACAUGAUAAUAUAUUGUGCAACAAUAAAAAAUAUAUCUUGA